AUGAUGAUGAUGAUAGAAGAGCAGCAGCAGCAGCAGCAAACAGCGACAAAACAAAUGCAGCAGAAACAGCAGCAACAACAACCGAAACAAAACAACAACAAGCACCACCAUCAUCAUCAGCAGCAGCAGCAGCAGCAGCAGCAGCAACAGCAACAGCAGCAGCAGCAGCAGCAGCAGCAGCAGCACAUACCUGCCGACAGAGUGCGAUAUAGAGUGUCUCAACAGCAGCAGCCCAAGGAGCAGCAAGAACCCUCCUUUCUUCCCGCUGCUGCUGCAGCAGCUGAACCCUCUUUGCUGCUGCAGCACAGCUGCUGA